UGCUGGACAAACAGGUCAAAGGUGACAGGCGCUGGACCUGCAGAGCUGGGUGGCACACCAUGAGGCUACUGAUCGUCCUGGGUCUGCUUUGGAGUUUGGUGGCCACACUUUUGGGCUCCAAGUGGCCUGAGCCUGUAUUCGGGCGCCUGGUGUCCCCUGGCUUCCCAGAGAAGUAUGGCAACCAUCAGGAUCGAUCCUGGACGCUGACUGCACCCCCUGGCUUCCGCCUGCGCCUCUACUUCACCCACUUCAACCUGGAACUCUCUUACCGCUGCGAGUAUGACUUUGUCAAGUUGACCUCAGGGACCAAGGUGCUAGCCACGCUGUGUGGGCAGGAGAGUACAGAUACUGAGCGGGCACCUGGCAAUGACACCUUCUACUCACUGGGUCCCAGCCUAAAGGUCACCUUCCACUCCGACUACUCCAAUGAGAAGCCAUUCACAGGAUUUGAGGCCUUCUAUGCAGCGGAGGAUGUGGAUGAAUGCAGAACAUCCCUGGGAGACUCAGUCCCUUGUGACCAUUAUUGCCACAACUACCUGGGCGGCUACUACUGCUCCUGCCGAGUGGGCUACAUUCUGCACCAGAACAAGCAUACCUGCUCAGCCCUUUGUUCAGGCCAGGUGUUCACUGGGAGGUCUGGCUUUCUCAGUAGCCCUGAGUACCCACAGCCAUACCCCAAACUCUCCAGCUGCGCCUACAACAUCCGCCUGGAGGAAGGCUUCAGUAUCACCCUGGACUUCGUGGAGUCCUUUGAUGUGGAGAUGCACCCUGAAGCCCAGUGCCCCUACGACUCCCUCAAGAUUCAAACAGACAAGAGGGAAUACGGCCCGUUUUGUGGGAAGACGCUGCCCCCCAGGAUUGAAACUGACAGCAACAAGGUGACCAUUACCUUUACCACCGACGAGUCAGGGAACCACACAGGCUGGAAGAUACACUACACAAGCACAGAUUAAGAAGAAAAUUGUCAAAAAUACUAAGUGCGGAGGACAGGGUCCGAACAGCAUCUGCUCUCAGUCCAGAGGGGAAAUGAAGUCGCUGUGGCACGGCCUUUGAGUCAAGCAUGUAGUAGAGUAAAAUGGGGGUGGGAGCUCAGAGUGGGACAUCAACAUUGUUACUCAUCUGUCUUGCUCUUUUCCUAGAAGUGACACUCUUGGCUUCAAACCACAUGUAUAAUCUUCCUGGCAUAGACAUUCCAUCAUUCUGGGAUAUCUGAUUUUUUGGGGGGGAGGAGGUGGGAGGACACAAAGCAGUGGUGUCUCAGGACAGGGUUUCUCUGCAUAAUAGCACUGGCUGUCCUUGAACUCACUUUGUAGGCCAUGCUUGUCCCAAACUCACAGAAUUUACCGGCUUUUGGGCUGGAGAGAUGGCUCAGCGGUUAAGAGCACUGACUGCUCUUCCAGAGGUCCUGAGUUCAAAUCCCAGCAACCACAUGGUGGCUCACAACCAUCUGUAAUGAGAGCUGGUGCCCUCUUCUGGUGUGUCUGAAGACAGUGACAGUGUACUUGUAUAAAUAAAAAAUUAAUAAAUUUUUUUUUCCGGUUCUUUUUGUCGGAGCUGGGGACCGAACCCAGGGCCUUGCGCUUCCUAGGUAAGCGCUCUACCACUGAGCUAAAUCCCCAGCCCCAAAAAAUUAAUAAAUCUUAAAAAAAAUUAUAUAAAAAAAAGCAUUUACCUGCUUUUGCCUCCCAAGUACUGGGAUCAAAGGUGUGUGCCACCGUACCUGGUUCCUAGUUUUCUUAACAAAGCGUGUUAGCAGGACAGAACUGGCAAAUGCUUUUAAUUCCAGCACUCAAGAGGCAAAGGCAUGUGGAACUCUGUGAGUUCAAGGACAGCCUGAUCUACAGUUCAAGUUCCAGGGCAGACAAGGACACAGCAGAAAACCAAAAGAUGUCUGUCUGCCUCGUGUGUACAAAUGCUGAGGACAGAAAGGUCAGAUCUCUUGGAGCUGGGGUUACAUGUGGUUGUAAGCUACCUGAUGUGGGUACUGGGAUCCAAACUGGAGUCCUCUGGAAAGCAGUAUUCAUAACUGUUGUAGCAUCUCUCCAGCUCUGAAUCCAGCUUUCUCACCUACCUGUAGCUGAGUCAUGGACAAAGAAAGGAGUCUUGCUGUUCUGGACUCACUUUGUCGACCAGGCUGGACUUGAACUCACAGAGAUCCGCCUGUCUCUGCCUCCUAGGUGCUGGGAAUAAAGGUGUGCACCACCACACCCAGCAAGACACAAGUCGAUUUGUGCAGAUGAUUUAGCUUAGUUUUGCCUUUGGUGUUAAAUGCUUGGAUGGCCACCAUCUUUGAGACAGGCGCUCUCUGCCUUGUUUCAUUUAUAAACUAAAAAUGCAGGUUACUAACUUCAGAUUCGGCUGUUACAGACAGAAACAAUAAGCCUGUUU